UGGGGAUGAACCCGACUCAUUUGACCGGCUACAAGUCUCGCAAACUCUUACUGUGUUUAAGCGCACUGUUAUUUGGUGAUUUCUCGUUGAUAUUUUGUUCUUACAUGUGCACGUUUUGUGUAUUUGUUCUUUUGAGUGGUUCAGCGUUUGUGAACAUUUGUUGCCCGUGUUCAUUUGAGUUCAAGGAUACGCCAUCUCUGGCUUUGUAUAUUUCCCGAAAUACCAUUAAAACGAGAAUCUGAUUGGUCAAGGGGCGGAGCUUACUGUCUGCGCGGACGCUCAUUGGAUGAGUGUUCUGUCACUCAGGCGCGCCACGGGGUUUUAUUUUUAGACCCCAGCGAGGCGCAACAGCAGCUGAAUGAAGUUCAGCGGAUCCGAGGAAUUUCACGGCGGAUUCACGUUAUACUCUUUCCUCGCGUCGCCGAUACAUGGAGCCAGUUCCAAGCGGCUGGUUCACCGUGACUCGCUGUGUGUCGGCUGACUUUGAGUUGUGUUACGUGGAGUAACGGGUUUAAUAAGGCGCGCUUGUUGAAACAUUUCGGCAUGAUAAAAACCUAACGUUACUAUUAACUACGUUUUUGCAGUCAUACUUGACCAAAUUGUCAUCGCAGGAUACCUGUGGGUUGUUAGAGAACAUGCAGCCUUCAUGAGUGGCUUCACAGUGCGUGUCAUUAGAUGGGGUCUUGUGAGUUUAAUAAACAGCACAGUCAAUGGGACGUCAGUCAGACUAGAAAACAUAUAGGACGCAUCCAGUCACUGUAAACGCAGCUCGUUGGAUAGACCUGCUUUGGAAAUGUCGGCGAUAUCUGCGUCCGAGAAAGUGGAUGGAUUCACGCGGAAAUCGGUGAGGAAGGCUCAGAGGCAGAGGGGUUGUCAGGGCUCGUCUCAGUUCGCGGCGAGCAGCAGCAGGCCUGCGGCUCCGGAGAUCUCUGCGCUCCCGCAGCUCAAAGAUGCAUCUUCCACAGAGCAGCAUGAGCUGUUCAUGCAGAAACUACAGCAGUGCUGCGUAAUGUUCGACUUUUAUGACACAGUGACUGACCUAAAGAGCAAAGAGACCAAACGGGCCACUCUCAGUGAACUUGUGGAUUAUGUGUCCACUAACAGAGGAGUUCUGGUAGAUCCUGUCUAUCCUGAAAUCAGCACCAUGGUUAGCACAAAUAUUUUCAGAACGCUUCCACCCAGUGAAAACCCUGACUUUGACCCAGAAGAAGAUGAACCCACUCUAGAAGCCUCCUGGCCACACAUGCAGUUGGUGUAUGAGUUUUUCCUUCGAUUCCUAGAAAAUCCAGACUUCCAGCCAAGUACUGCCAAACGUUAUAUUGACCAGAAGUUUGUGCUACAGCUCUUAGAACUGUUUGACAGUGAAGAUCCUCGAGAGAGAGAGUUUAUAAAAACGGUUCUGCAUCGCAUCUACGGGAAGUUUCUGGGUUUGCGUGCCUUUGUUCGGAAACAGAUCAACAACAUUUUUCUGAGAUACAUCUAUGAAACUGAGCACUUUAAUGGAGUUGCUGAACUCCUUGAGAUUCUGGGCAGUAUCAUCAAUGGCUUUGCUCUGCCGCUGAAGGCUGAACACAAGCAGUUCCUCAUGAAGAUCCUCAUUCCCCUGCACACUGCCAAAGGACUCGCGCUGUUCCACGCACAGCUGGCCUACUGUGUGGUUCAGUUCAUAGAAAAGGACCCGACCCUCACUGAAGUGGUGGUUCGUGGCCUUCUUAAAUUUUGGCCUAAGACGUGUAGUCAGAAAGAGGUCAUGUUUCUAGGGGAAAUUGAAGAGAUCCUGGACGUGAUCGAACCUACGCAGUUCAAGAAGAUUCAGGAGCCUUUAUUUAAGCAAAUCUCUAAAUGUGUAGCCAGCCCUCAUUUUCAGGUAGCAGAACGAGCACUGUACUACUGGAACAAUGAAUACAUUUUGAGUCUAAUCGAGGAGAAUAAUGCCAAAAUCCUUCCCAUCAUGUUUGGAAACUUGUACCGGAUCUCCAAAGAACACUGGAACCCGACAAUCGUGGCCCUGGUGUACAAUGUAUUAAAAACACUGAUGGAGAUGAACAGCAAACUGUUUGAUGAACUGACGGCUUCAUACAAAUGUGACAGACAGCGAGAGAAGAAGAAAGAGCAGGAACGUGAGGAACUGUGGAGGAAGCUGGAUGAACUCAGACUUCAGGAGACAUCAGCCAUCCAGAAUAACAGGCAUGAGAUCCAGUUCACGUACAGCAACAACAAUAACAACAACAACAACCUUCACGAUAAGAAUGAAAACCCAGCAGCAGCCAUUACUGACAGAAUUGAGAGCAACACCUGGGCCAAAUGACACUGCCCUCUUUCUUCUUUCCUCAGUGUUUUGCGGGUUUACAGAUGUAAACCAAUGUAGAGAGCAGUAAGGAUAUGGACCUUCAGCAAUAAUCAUUUUUUUAAGGAAGAUUUUAUUUGAUUUUUUCCCCAAAAAUCUAUGUAAAACUAAAUCAAAAUGCUAUUUUCUCCUGCUAAAGGAUAAUAUAUUUUCUGUAUGUAAAUCUAUUUUGGAUGUAAAGUGUGGUUAUAGUAAGUUAUGAAAGUGCGAUCACAUUUGCUCUUCUGUGCAUUUGUCACUA